UUUUUCCGGUACUAACUCAACGGGGUGAUCCAGUUUGCUCUACUUCGAUUCAGAAUGCCACGUGAAAUCAAAGAAAUUAAGGACUUUCUCUUGAAAGCCAGGAGGAAAGAUGCCAAAUCUGUAAAGAUCAAGAAGAAUGCUGACAAUGUUAAGUUCAAAGUUCGUUGCUCAAGGUUUCUGUAUACCCUUGUGAUUACAGACAAAGAGAAGGCAGAGAAAUUGAAACAAUCUUUACCUCCAGGUCUUCAAGUAAAAGAAGUAAAACGGAGUGAACGUAUGUAGUUAAUCAAAUAAAAUAAUUGGUUAAAACUU